AUCAUCAUCAUCAUCAUCAUCUUAGAAAGCUAGAAAUUCUAUUAGAGUUAAAUGAUUCCACAACGUUGAACCAUUCGUAAUGUCAGUAAUUGUAAAAUAUAUCAUAUUAUUUAUUUAUUUUGUAAUAUUUCAUUCAACUUUCGUUAGUGCAAUCGAAUCACUUUCAACAAAUGUUGAUAUUGAAAAUAAUUUAACGGAGGAUGAUAAUAUCAUCGAAACGCAAUAUGCAGUUUGUAAAAUUUCGACGGAAGAAUUAGUGGCAAAUGCACGUGCAACAGUAACGAAAGUUCUCACAGGAGCCUGUAACGCGAAAAAUAUAGAAGAGAAAUUUAAGAAAUUAGAGAAACAUUUGUCCGAAGAAUUGCAAGAGAUCAAAGUACUACUUCGUACGUUGAUGAAAGAACGUGAUACUUUUUCGAAAAUUAAUGAUCAUACAAUUCCUCGAAAUAACGAAUUAAACGUUAAAUCGGAUAACAGAUUAUUUAGUAACAAUCAUAAACUUUCUCCAAGACAAUACGAGAUUAACGAAUUUAAUAAUACGAUCACAACAAAUGAAUCUUCGAAAGUCUUUACGUAUUAUUGGGAAGUAAGAGAUUUCAAUGAGAAACUUUCGAAAUGGGAUAGAACACGUUCCGAACGUAGUUCAACAUUUUACGUAGGUCAACCUGGUUAUGCGAUGUAUUUAAAAAUUGUACCGAAAUAUUUUCCAGAUGGUACAAUUUUUAUAAGCGUUAGUUUAACCCGUGGUUUUUACGAUUCCUACGUAAAAUGGCCAUUUUAUUAUAAAAUUCAAUUAUCGAUUUUAGAUCAGUCAUUAGGAGAAUGGCAAGAGGAUAGACCAUCUCGAAUUUGGGAUCCAAGUGAACUUUGUACGGAAUAUUUUUGGAAACGGCCUGCGCCGAUUGGUGAACCGGAUAAUCCAGAAUGCGUUGGAUUAAGUAUCCCACGAAAUAUUAUACUUUCUAAAUUAUCUUUUCCUUUUCCUACUACUACAAGUCAAUAUCGUUAUAUUUGGAAUGAUAGUAUAUUGAUAAAACUUCUUAUUUAUUUGUAAUUAUUAUACUUAUCAAUCAUUUGUACGAUUUUCGA